AUGUUUCNAAAUAUCGCUUUUCCUGUAGAACAGCAAAUAAGGAACUCGCGUUCCCUGGGGUUUCAAUACGUCUUCAUUUUGCACGGUCUUGACCGAAGAAUCGUCGUACCUAAUCCAGCAAUUGUAGCCGACGUGGAAGGCAUCGGUCACGUAGUGUCCAAUGUUGGCAUUUUUGCCUUCAUGGUUUUGUCCUUGGGCGCCGAUAUCCUUCCAGAAUACAAACUCCAAAAUCCGCGGAUUCAUAACUACACAAUUCUCCACUAUUCUCCUUUCAAGGCCGUGUGGGAUUGGAUAAUUCUUAUCCUGGUCAUCUACACGGCCAUCUUCACGCCGUACGUUGCAGCUUUUCUGCUCGGUGAACCGGAUUUCAACAACAGAAAAAACAAGAAAUACGGCGAAGAUCCAAUCGUAAUUAUAGAUCUCAUCGUUGACGUCACCUUCAUAGUGGACAUCUUGAUAAAUUUUCGCACAACCUACGUAGCCGGAAAUGACGAAAUUGUUUCGGAUCCGGUAAGGAUAGCGGUCCACUAUCUAAAAGGAUGGUUUCUCAUAGAUCUAGUGGCUGCUGUACCGUUCGAUCUUUUGUUUUUUGGUACCGAUACCGACGAAUUGGGCUUGGAUAAAGACGAGACAACGACUUUGAUAGGUCUUUUAAAAACCGCGAGAUUACUCAGACUGGUGAGGGUGGCCAGGAAAAUAGACAGAUACUCGGAGUAUGGAGCAGCAGUCCUUCUACUGCUCAUGGCCACCUUUGCGCUAAUAGCACACUGGAUGGCUUGCAUUUGGUAUGCAAUAGGAAACGCGGAGAGGCCAAUGCUUCCCGCGCGAAUUGGUUGGUUGGAUAUUUUGGCCAACGACACCCAACAGUAUUAUCUACCUAAUAACACGGGAGGGCCUAGUAUACGAAGUCGUUACGUCACAGCUCUCUACUUUACUUUCACUUCCUUGACAAGUGUGGGGUUUGGCAACGUCGCGCCGAAUACAGAUGCAGAAAAAAUCUUCACAAUAUGUGUCAUGCUUGCUGGAUCUCUAAUGUAUGCCAGCAUCUUCGGUAACGUUUCGGCCAUCAUCCAGCGGUUAUACUCCGGCACGGCAAGAUAUCACACCCAGAUGUUGCGAGUUAGAGAGUUCAUACGCUUCCAUCAGAUCCCAAACCCCUUGAGGCAACGUUUGGAAGAGUACUUCCAACAUGCGUGGACGUACACGAACGGCAUCGACAUGAAUUCCGUGCUAAAAGGGUUCCCGGAAUGUCUGCAAGCAGAUAUUUGCCUUCAUUUGAACAGGAAUCUUCUUCAAAACUGUAGCGUGUUCGAUGGAGCCAGUCCAGGUUGUCUGAGGGCACUUUCUUUAAAGUUCAAAACGACUCACGCCCCGCCUGGUGAUACGCUAGUACAUAGAGGAGACGUGCUGACUUCGCUCUACUUCAUAUCAAGAGGUUCUAUAGAGAUUUUAAGAGAUGAUAUUGUUAUGGCAAUUUUAGGUAAAUUUGAUAUAUUCGGAGAAAAUCCAUGUUUACAUCCCACAUUGGGAAAGUCGGCGUGUAACGUUCGAGCCCUGACCUACUGUGAUCUACAUAAAAUUCAUAGGGACGAUUUGUUAGACGUUUUGGAGCUCUAUCCAGAGUUCUACAGCCACUUUUUGAAUAAUUUAGAAAUUACUUUUAAUUUAAGAGAUGAUGAUCAGGCCGGGGUUGUUCCAAGGAGAUCUUUUUAUCCGAAGGAUAAAGAAACCAGGUAUUUCAGGGGAGUUCCUUCUGCCAGAUCGAAUGGCAUUUCCAGUCGAGGAAAUUCCAUGAAUGGCAGGCAAGAAUCUCAAUACAGUGAUGAGUCUGAAUCCGGCCAUGGUAUUCUGGAAUUUUCUACCGAGAAAGCCGGCCAAGAUGUUACGCCUAUGAAUUUAAAUUUUGGUGAUGAAAAACGAAGAUCGUCAACUUUGAAUUCCAUAACAGGCAUGCUAUCUCAUCUCAAACGAAGUAUUCCUGAUCUAAGGUUACACAAAACACACCAGCCACUGAUAGCACAAUCGACACCUCCCUCCAGUCACCGAACACGCACCAUUCGACGACAGUCUUCAACUGGCGCCUACCACCAAGAACAGACCGCCGUUGCAGCAACGCAGGCACACCAUCACUCUGUUUCUCAUCAACCUCAGCACAGUACAGUGCCCCUUUCCAGCAGUACCAGCUAUUAUACUAAUAGCCCUAGUCCACCACACGGUACUGAUACAGGGAAUCAUGCCGAGGAGAUACUGGUGCCACUGGAGGCCACAACGAACCAUGUACACUUGCAACAUUCCACUCUAGAUUCACAUUCGGAAAAUUUAGUAAUAAGUAGGAGUCAUCUCGAUCAUAUCAACUCCAAGCUGGAUCAACUCUCGAAAAGGGUUCAAUCUUUAGAGACGACACUCACUACAGACGUUAAAAUGAUUCUAGCGCUGUUACAAGCACAACAACCGUCUGGCAGCGAGAUUUCUACCAUUAAACAAGAGAUGCCUGAAUAUGAAAAUGUAGCCAUAGACCCAAGUAGAAGUAGAUAUACAUUUCAGAGAUCAGUUAGUGAGCCAAAACCAAUAUCAAAAAAUCAUCAUUCCCAAGUUCUUCAUAGGUUUGCAUCGUUUAAUAAAGCUUUUGAUUUUGACAAAAGUCAAGAACCAUCUUGGGCGGAGUGUCUAAUAGCAAAGGAAAAGGAAUGCAAAGAAGAAAAAAUAGCUCCAAUCGCAAAAUUAGAAUCGCUAGAUGAAUUAGACUUGGAAUCGCCACUAGGCAGCCCAAAGAAGCCGAAAAAGUGAACAAAUUGUUUUUCUAUGACUUUGAUUCAAAGUAUUGUAAGGGUCUUGUAUAAAAUGAAUUGAUCAGCCCCGAAUUCUGGAGCUUUUUGCAUAGACUGUUGAAUGAUAUAUUGUUAUUAUUAUUAAAAAUACAAUACAGUGAGAUGUAAAUUUACUUUCUAUAAUAUUAAGGUCAAAUACAUUAACAAAAACAAACUUUGUUUAUUAUUAUUCGAUUUUUUUUUAAUAAUAACCUAUAAUUUGACGUUCAACCAUCGAUGGUUUCACAGUAAAUUCAAAAACUUGUUAGGUAUAGAUAUAUUUAUAGAAAUUACCAAGAAUUUUCACUGUCUCAUCAUUGUGUUUCAAAAUUUUUCAACAUUCCAUUGAAAAAAAUUGUGAUAUUUUUUAUUUGCCUUUAUUUUCAAAUGUUAAAAAAGUUUUCAACCUUCAGGAUAAUUUAAAGUUCACGCGCUUCAUCUCACCUAUUAAUACUUAAUAACUAAAGUCUAAUAAACAAAGUUUGUUAUGACACCAAAGUCCGUCUCAUUAUACUUAUACAAGAGUGGAAAGAAGAAAAAUAAAAGACAGCAAAUGACGUAUUACUCAUUGAUAAUUUGUUAAAUAAUUUGUUGAGGCUUGUUUUUGGCAUUCAAUCGCUUUAAAGGUACAUUUUGUAAGCACAAAUUAUAUGUUUAUACACAAUUUUAUCAUAUUUUUAAUAAUAUGUAAUAUUGAAUACUCAAUAAAUGGCAUCAAAUGCCUCAAUAA